AAAAAGAAAUAUUCAUGCUUUCAAUUAAUGUUUUGUCUGCUUCAUAUUAUUUGUCUGUGGUAUUAUACAACCCAAAUAACGAAUAUUAAAGAUGGGCUAAAGCCCUAAAACUAUCUUAAAAAAAUUACAAAAUAUAAUAUAAUUAUUGUCAAAUUUUUUGACGUCAAUAGUUUCUAACAGACUUAGUCUCUUUAAUCUGUACUUCGAGUAUCUGUUAAACUUGAUUUUUUAGUUGCUUUUCUGCUCUCACUCUUUUUGUACUAUUUUUUAUUAACUAUGCGACGAUUAAUUGAUUUUUAAAAGAUAAUUUAAUAGUACAUAUUCAGAAUAUACUUUGAAAUAGCUAAGCCUCGAAAAGAAUGGAGUCAUCAACAUUCACAUACUUACCACUAUUUCUAGAAGGAGAUGUAAUUAAAGGAUUUGGAAGAGGAUCGAAAGAUUUGGGAUGUCCUACAGCUAACUAUCCAUUGGAUGUGGUACAAAAACUACCUUCGGAAUUCAAGCCUGGUGUAUACUAUGGAUGGGCGCAAUUAGACUGUGGACCUGUGUAUAAAAUGGUUGCAAAUAUUGGCUUUUGCCCAUACUAUCAAAAUAAGGAAAUGUCCGUGGAAACUCACAUAAUUCACAAAUUUGAAAAGGAUUUCUAUGGAUCAUUUCUCAGAAUAGCCAUUGUCGGUUAUUUAAGAAGUGAGAUGAACUUCAAUUCACUGGAUGAUUUAAUAGAAACCAUUAAACAAGAUAUUGCAAACGCAAGCAAAAACUUAGAAAACAUUGAGUCACAGAAACUAAAGAAUCAUAGCUUUUUUGUAAAGCAAAACAUUGAGUAGUAUUGAGUAUUUAUUAUGUUGUUAAUUAUUGACAUGUUAAUUAUUUUUACAUUAUCAAUUGCGUAUGGUAUGGUUAAUUUUUAAUUAACCAAUGAGAUCGUUUUAUUGUAGUUAAGUAGUUACUGAUUAUUGUUAAUUUCAGUCACACAUAUUACAAUCACAAAUAUUAUCAGGUAAAGAUUUGUGAUUUUGUUUAGCUAUAAGUACUAUCAGAUUAAUUUGAAUUUAAAAUUAUACACAUGCAAUAUUGCGCCAUGGUGCAGUAAUACCACUUUUAAGAGCGACAAGGAUUAUUAUUUAUCGGUAGAUAACCUUUAUUUGGAGUACAUUACAACCAAAUUGUCUAUUAAUCUACAUGAAUGGGCUUAACUGUCCCAAAUAAAAAUUAUCACCAUAUCAUAUAAGAAUGUACUAUUGUUUACAUAAAUUAUAAUCAGACUUAUCUAUCCGACAUAUGUAACUGUUGUUUACUUUGACGAUAUACAUACUUAACUAUUUUAUAAUUUUUAAAACAUUUGUAACAAGCAUAUACUUAGUAUAACGUAACGUACUUACAUAUUAAGUCUGAUAUCUUUGAUUUUCGUAAUUGAUUAAGGUGCUUUUUUUUUUCAAAUAUUCAAACUUCAUGAUUAUGCAAAAAUUGAAAACGACCUAUGUAAUUUAUAAGUAUCCCAUUAUUAUCAUAAUUUUAUAUGGCCAAUUGUAUAUAUUUGUAUUAUCGUAGCAUAAUAAUAGAUUCUAAAAAUGUGAUACCUCCUGAGUUAUUACUUAUUCUAAUUACGGUAGGUAAAUCAAAAGAUAGAAGUUAUAUUUUAUACUGUUAAACCUUGACAUAUAAAUUUUAUGUAGUUAAGUUUUAUCAUUAUUUUAAUAUAUUAGUAAACUUCCUGAUACAGUCGUAGUUUAUUAUUUAUAGGAGCUGCAAUACUGUCCCAAAGCUGUCGCAUCUAUUUACUGUCUAUUAUAGCAUUUAUACACAUUUAAUUAUUAGGUAAUUUUUCUCUGUAGUUCUUAUUUGCAAUAACAUAUAUAAUAUAGUCUGUUGCCAGGUUCUAAAUUAAGUACAUAUAAUUUGAUUAAGUUCAUUCAAUGCAGUGUGUACUGUAUAAACCCAACAUAUUGAAUGUUAAUAAAUGUAGCACUCGUAAUUAAAUACGGAAUAAUAGGUUACACAAACUAGUGAAGAAUAAACACUUCCUAUCCUUAGAACAACAUAUUGCCUAAAUCUCUUUUUGACAAUAUUUAAUUAGGUAUAUAUAUUUUUAAGAAUCCGAUAUAUACUAAUGAAUAUCAAAGUUACCUGAAUGAAGUCCGAGUUGAUAAUAAUAAUACCAGUAUACUUUGUAUGUCCUAAUAAGGAAUUUAGUGAUUAUAAAAUAUUUUCUGUAUAAAAGUUAUGAAUGGUGAAAACGUUAAUAUUUCUAACUUAUUUGAACUGUACAUAAUUUUCACAUAAACAUUUAAAUUUAAAAGUAAGACCGCCAAUGGACAUCAUCAUUUUAAAUGUAGCAUUAUGUAGUUUCAUGUACCGAUUUCUAAGACGGCUCUAUGUUUGAGAUUCUGAUGUAUGGUAUUCAAAUCUCCGUAAUAUACAAUAACAAUGCAUAUGUGAAAGGCUUGCUGUUGUAGUUAAUCAGUUCGCUCUAUUUCUUUCAUUUCUGUAUUGAUUUAUGUAACAAUAAUAAGUAUAUACAGAUGAAAUCAAAGUCGUAACCCUUACGAUCUACUCGUACUGUAAUAUUAGGGCAGAAACAUGAAUAAAAAAUUCAAAAAGAACAAGAAAAAUGAGCCUCCUACAUCCCAGAGAGCCCAAAAAUUUUUGUCAUUUUUCUGUCCAUAAUUAUUUGGUAAAAAAGAUCAGUUGCAUUGUUUCAAUAGAACUUAAUGAAAAUGUAAACAAACAAGUAAUUGACCCGACGAUAAGUCGCAAGUCUGUUUAUGUCCAAUAGCAAUACAAAUAAUAAUUCAUAAAUUGUUUAUUUCGUUUUGUUGCGAAUUUCAUUUAGAGAUGUCUGUAUGUCUGUGAUAAUUUUGAAAACUUGGGUAACAUUUUCAUCAAGUUCUAUUAAAACAUCAGAACACUCCAGUCUGUUUAAUAUAAAAGAAUAUAUGAAGUUUUAUACACUUGUGAUAUUUUUAUACCAAAAAAAAAAAAAUAUGUGAAAUAAAAUAAUUUAAUACCA